GCAAGAGAAUUCCACAGGCGCAGAGGGACGACGAGCGGCCGAAGAGGCGAAUUGGCGUGCUGCCCGCGCGAUCGGGAGUCGAGAAGCCAUUACAGUGGUGUGGUGUCGUAAAGCGUGAGCGCGCUCGGAGUUGAAGAAUGACGAGGUAAAUCUGCGCUAGGCGGCGGUGAAACUAUUAUGCGGCCGUCCUUUUUGAUACGCCGUCGUGAAGCUAUCAACUACAAAGCAGGGACACCAUGUUGUACGAAUUAAUUGGGAUUGUCCGUCCGGGCAGAGUCUCAGAAGUCAAAGAAAUCGCAAAAACCGCCGGAAGCAUUAUCAUCAAUAGCGGUGGCGUUGUGCGUGGCUACUCCAACUGGGGCACCUUUCUCCUUCCCGCGCCCGCGAAAAAACUCCAAUCCACACACUACACCGGUCACCACUUCAUCAUGCGCUUCGACAGCUCGGCAAAAUCACAGCACGCGUUGCGGAGAACGAUGGGGCUAGAUCCGCGGUUGAUCAAAUACUCGGUUGUGAAGCUGGGGAGCAAGCUGGAGGAUAUUAAGGAUGUGCCGGGGGAGGCAAAGUUCAAUUAAACAAAGAGUUACGAUGUGUCCUAGAAGAGUGGAGGAGUGUAUCAUAUUGCUGUAUAUUGGUGGCAUUAGUAGGCAGGAUGCCUGCGGCGUUACGGGGAUUUUGGGAGUAACAGUUGAGUCUGUCUCACGUGUAUAAACCCCAUACGGAUAGUCAGGCACAUUGUGCAAAUGGAAAGUCCCUCAUAACUAUGAGUUGACUGUGUCUACGAUCCCCUUCUAGCAUCUUCGUUUGUUCAAGUCAUUCACGGUCUAUAUUCUUUCAUCAUUGCAAAGUUCAAAGUUGUUGGUACAAAAU